CUUGUAGAAAGGGAAAAUUAAAGAAUUGAAAAGGAUUAACUUAAAGCAAUCAUACCCUAAUGCGUAUGUUUUUAGAAUGCUAUAAGUUAAACAAUACAUAAUAAUAUGGAGAAACUAGUUCCCUAUUGAACAUUGAACCAUUUUGAGAACUGAGUUCUAUAGUCGAUAUUUUCAAUGAAUUUCCAAUGGGUAUUCUUUAGAGGCAGCCUCCCAUGACCUAUAGGAAAAUACCAGUGAAUAUUGAUAUCACGUUGGCACACAUUAACAAAAUAAUACACCUCGCUCAAUCAUCUGGCGCAGGCCGCACGAGCUGUGCUCCAGAACGGCGCCCAGAUCUCCCAAAUGUUGAGUGAUCUGAACCGCGUGGAUUUCCACAAUGUGCAGGAACAGGCCGCCUGGGUGAGUCAGUGUGCCCCGGCUGUGGUUCAGAGAUUGGAGAGCGACUUCAAGGCCGCCCUGCAGCAGCAGAGCUCGCUGGAGCAGUGGGCCAGCUGGCUGCAGCUCGUGGUCGAGUUGGCCAUGGAGGAGUACACGGGCAAGCCGACAUAUGCGCGGGCCGCCCGCCAGUUCCUGCUCAAGUGGAGCUUCUACAGCUCGAUGAUCAUCCGGGACUUGACGCUGCGCUCGGCCUCGAGCUUCGGCUUCUGUUCGACGAGUAUAUGUUCUAUCUGGUGGAGCACAAGAUAGCCGAGGCGCAGCAGAAGACGGCCAUAGCGGUCGUAUGCGAACGCAUG